AUGACCUUAUCGCGAUCACCCUCUCCCCACCCGGGCGGAGGGUGGUCCAGCCCGGGACUCGUUCCGGCAAGCGGGACCACAUCGCCAAAAGGGCCAUCACCCGGUUCAUUAUCACCAGGCAUACCAGGAGGCAUCUCGUGGGCUGCAGCUAAGGCAAAAAGUGACGAGGUGCGCGGGUAUCCAUCAUUCUCAACACGCAAUAGCGGCUUCCUCUCUCGACAACGACACAAGCUCUCGACUCGGUUUCCUAGCUUUCGAAGGCUUUCCUCGCGCGAAUACGUCGAUAAGGAUGAUUAUAGACGGGAAUGGAAGCCUGCGGGUGGCGCACGUGGCUUGCUAGGCGCAUUACGCAUACCAGUGCGCCGGAGUCGCUUCCGGCUGUUGUUUGCACUGUUGUUGGUGUGGAUUGGGUAUCUAUUUUGCUGGUCGACUAUUGUCCAAACAUACCGAAGAUCACCUAUAGGCGGCGGGAGCAAGUUCGUCAUCAUACUCGGAUCGAACGUGGAGGGCGGCGUCAUGGAGUUGAAGGGUGCACGGGAAUGGGCCAUUGAACGCAACAGCAUAUGGAACAAGAAGAAAUAUGCGGAAAAAUGGGGGUACGAGCUAGAACUGGCUAAUCUGCUGGCCAAGAAGCGAUAUUCACAUGAAUGGCGCGAGAGCUGGGAGAAGGGAGAUGUGAUCCGCGAAGCCAUGCGCAAGUAUCCAGACGCAGAGUGGUUUUGGUGGCUCGACGUGAACACCUGGGUUAUGGAAUACGAUACAUCACUCCAACACCAUUUAUUCAACGACCUUGAGUCGCACGUCUACCGCGAUAUCACCGUCUACAACCCUCUCAACCUCACCCAUCCACUCCCCGAGUUCUGGUUGGACGAGCUAGGUCGUUCCCUCGAGGGGGACGGCCAAGCAGAUUCAUUGAAUUUGCUUCUGACACAAGACUGCGCCGGAUUCAACCUAGGAUCUUUCUUUGUGCGACGGUCUCUUUGGACUGAUCGCCUGCUCGAUAUCUGGUGGGAUCCCGUCAUGUACGAGCAGAUGCAUAUGAAUUGGCAACAUAAAGAACAGGAUGCUCUGGAGUACAUUUAUCAGAGUCAACCAUGGAUUCGGAGCAGUGUUGGAUUUUUACCACAACGCAGCAUCAAUUCUUUCCCUCCUGGCGCAUGUGGCGACGGAGAUAAUCCAGUCGUUCACUAUCAACAGAACGCACAUGAUCUCGUCGUUAACAUGGCUGGGUGCAUGUUUGGUCGUGAUUGCUGGUCUGAAAUCUACUACUACCGCGAGCUGAGUAAUUUGCUUGCCCGGUCGGGUUGGGAGCGAUUCAGGAACGGUUUAGCUGAUGUAUACGACCGAGUGACGGGGAAGGAUGGGGAUGAUUGA